AUGUCUACAAACACAGUCUACCUAAUCACCGGCGCUGCUCGUGGCAUAGGACGAGGUCUCACCGAGACAUACCUAAGUCGGCCAAAUCACACAGUGAUUGCAGCAGUUCGAGACGUCGGGACUGCAAAGGCGAAAGAGCUGCUCGCGCUACCCGCCGGACAAGGAAGCAAAAUCGUUCUUGUGAAGAUUGAGAGCAGCUCCGAAACCGACCCAAAGGACGUUGCGGCCUCCCUGCCCACUGAACACGGCAUCACCAAGAUUGAUGUGAUAGUCGCCAACGCCGGAAUCGCCAACUACUACGGCCCAGUGAUCAGCACGCCGGUCGCAGAACUCCGGGACCAUCUUCAAGUGAACACGAUCGGGCCAAUCAUUCUCUUUCAGGCGCUGCUUCCAUUGCUGAAAGCCUCCGCGGCGCCAAAAUUCGUCGUCAUCUCAUCUAUCAUUGGCAGCAUUGCCAGUUUGAAAGAGCUUCCCGUCCCGGCAGCAGCCUACGGAGUUUCCAAGGCUGCCGUCAACUACCUCGUCCGCAAGAUCCAUUUUGAACAUCCAGAGGUGGUGGCCUUCCCGAUCCAUCCAGGAUUGGUCCAAACCGAUAUGGGCAAUGAUGGUGCCAAGAAGUUCGGCUUUGAGGGAGCUCCAGUGACUGUUGCGGACAGUGUCGCCGCGGUCUCUUCCAAGAUCGAUUCAGCUGAUCGCGAGGUAUCGGGCACUUUCGUGUCUUAUGACGGAACGAACCCACCAUGGUAG